AGUGCCGACAACUUCAACGUUGUUCGUCACCUGUUGUCUGCUCAAGGCUAUAUAACGAUUGAGCUCUGGUGAACAUAUCUCAGUCAUACACUGUUGAGCGUUGAGCGGGUCAACGGCUCCGAUACAGGCAAAGAAGUACUCAGCACUCCUAGUGCUCAGAUGCAGCGUCAAGUUUUGUCAUUAAUCACAUUUGGUAAAGCUGAGUAAACCCUUGCGCUUGAUCGAGACAUCGGGGCAUGUCCUUAUCUUUCAUUGCCUCACUCCGUUCCUGAACACUCCAAUGAUUUCGGGCCUCCGUGAACAGCAUGCGUGUGAUUUACAAUGUGUAUUUGCAAAGAUGUGUGUGACGGGAGCCCAUUGGCGUUAAUGACUGCUCCAAAGAAUAUUCCUCUACUUCAUUCUGUCUUCCUCGUAGGUCCUCAACGGUACGUGAGCUCCUGUAUCAGCUCAUAUCAAGGCCUCUAAUGCAGGGCCUUGAGCGUGUGUGAUAAUCCGAUCAUUUCCGCCAAGGUAGUUGACUUUGCUAUGUUUCGAACACAUCUGUCACUCGACGUGAUUGCUCCUCGACGAUCAACUUCCCACUAUAAGAACGUGAGUGACAUCUAAAGCAUAUUCUCUCUCCACUCAUUCCGCCAGCAUCAAUGGCUACUAUUCCCUCCAUUCCCUCUCUCAUAGGCGGUUUCAUUGAAGGCCUAGGGAUAUCAUAUAUCCUAUACGGUAUCACUGUCGCCCAGGCAUAUGUGUACAUGCUUGGCUGCGAACGCGACGCUAAAUGGAUCAAAGUGAUGGCAAGUGUGGUAGUGUCAUUGGAGACCAUACACACGGGCGUUUUGCUACGCACCUUAUGGUACUAUGCUGUGGUGGUGAUCACAAAUCCUCUCGGCUACAUUCAUAUUGACUGGAGUAUUCCGGCUGCGCUGAUGCUAGAUCUUACUAUGGAGAGUAUUGUACAUAGUUAUUAUAUAUAUCGCGUAUGGUCCUUCAGCAAGAAUAGAGUUUUGACCCUUGUAAUGACGGUUAUACUCGUCGUUCGGAAUGGGUGGUUUCUAUACGGCAACAUCAGAGUCAUCAAAAUUGCUAGCUGGAUAGUUGUUGAAAACACGCCCAUCAUUAGAAGCGCAUUUUUGAGUACAUAUUCUUUGACUCUUGUGUUAGAUGUCAUCCUAGCCACAAGCAUGGUGUAUUACCUGCGUCGGAACAAGACAACAUUUCAACGAACACGAAAUGUCGUCAGUUGGCUUAUGCUAUACUCUGUCAAUUCUGGUGCUAUUCUCGCAGCAAUGUCUCUUUGUUCCAUUGUCACUUUUGCUGUCUUCUCCAAUAGGCUCCUAUAUGGUGCCUUUGUUACCAUUGGUUCCAAGUUAUAUGCAAAUGCUCUCUUUGGCAUGCUCAAUACAAGAAAUAUACUACGUGAGAAACUGAAUGAACCAAUUGUCAUUGAUACCAAUGGCAUUGCCAGAAGCUAUAGAAUGCACCCAAUGCAUGUGGAGAUUUCCCAAGAUAGAGUCACUGAUGAUAUAAUGCAAGAUACUCAAACUGGAGAGUCUAACCCAGAAACAUCAUCCUAUAAGCUUGAUGUUCAGAAAACAUAUGUGAAUGUCUAACAUUUAGUUCUCUGCUACUGAAAUAUUAUUUCUGCCAUCACUUUCUGAAUAUAAUAGAUAUGCAGUCUAUUUUCCUGCAAGACAAUCUCUGCAUAACUUUAGUUAG